UGUUUACAUAUGUGUCUGUAUGUGUGAGUGUGUGUAUAUAUAUGCAUGCGUAGCCACAACGUUGGACAAGCACAACAAAGAAUAACGAAAGAUGGAGAAUUCUCAGAGUCAGAGCAGAAACAAGAAAAAGAGGCUAACACAAGAGCAACUAAGACAACUGGAGAAAUGCUUCACCGUGAACAAGAAACUCGAGCCAGAUCUCAAGAUUCAACUGUCGAACAAGCUAGGUCUACCUCAGAGGCAAGUCGCAGUUUGGUUCCAAAACAAACGAGCCAGGUCCAAGACUCAGUCUCUCGAGCUCCAACACUGCGCUCUUCAGUCCAAGCUCGAAGCGGCUCUCUCCGACAAGGCAAAGUUAGAGCAUCAAGUGGAGUUUCUCCAAGAUGAGUUGAAGAGAUCGAGGAAUCAGCUUGCUCUGUUCACAAAUCAUGAUUCUCCUGUGUGUAACUCUUAUCUAGGUUCUUGUGAAGAACGUCACGCUCACGAUGAUGAAGUGGUGGUCUUCGACGAGCUUUACGCUUGUUUUGUUAGCAAUGGACAUGGAUCUUCAUCAACCUCAUGGGUUUGAUUCUGUUUCAACACAGACAAGAUUCCAAUAUAUAGUCUUGUUUCUGUUUUUUUUUUUCCUUUGUUCGCUUUCAUGCGGUCUGAAUAUAGAAUUGCAAUCUGUAA